AUGUCUGACAGCACGAACUCGACGUCCCUUCAGGGCCUGUACCUGACGCUCGGCCCUGUCGCCUUGACAGCCGGCAUCUACUUCGCCAUCUUCUUGGUCCUACGACGGAACCAAAGAAGAUGGUAUGCCCCCAGAACUUAUCUUGGGAGUCUACGGGAGAACGAACGCACUCCCGAAUUGCCCAACGGCCUGUUCAACUGGUUUGGCAAAUUCUGGAAGAUACCUGAUGUCUACGCCUUGCAGCACCAGUCCCUCGACGCCUACUUGUAUCUUCGCUUCCUGCGCAUGACCGUCGUAAUCACUUUCGUUGGCUGCUGCAUCACCUGGCCCAUUCUCUUCCCGGUCAAUGCCACUGGCGGGGGUAGCGCUCAGCAGCUCGAUAUCCUGUCUUACUCCAACAUCAACCAGCAGACUCAGAAGAGCAGGUACUACGCUCAUGCCCUGGUCUCUUGGGUCUUUUAUGGAUUUGUCAUGUACCUGAUCUUCAGGGAGUGCGUCUUCUACAUCAACAUGCGCCAAGCCUUCCUUCUCAGCCCUCUCUACUCCGAGAGAAUCUCUUCCCGCACCGUUCUCUUCACCUCGGUCCCCGACCCGUACCUCGACGAGCGAAAGGUCCGCAAGAUGUUUGGCCCAUCUGUCAAGAACGUCUGGAUUGCUGGCGACACGAAGGAAUGCGAUGAGCUUGUCGAGGAGCGUGACAAGGCGGCUUUCAGGCUUGAAAAGUCCGAAGUCAAACUCAUCAAGCUCGCUAACAAGGCCCGUAAUGCAUCCCUGAAGAAGGACGGCGCUGCUGCAGAGAAGUCGUCCGCCGCCGCCGGUGCUGAGUCGGGCACCGUCGCUGGCCGCUGGGUUCCCAAGAAGAAGCGUCCGACCCAUCGCACUGGUCUUCUGGGCUUGAUUGGCAAGAAGGUUGACUCCAUUGACUGGUGCCGCACCGAGCUGGAACGCCUGAUUCCCGAGACCGCCGCUGCUCAAGAGAAGUACCGGGCUGGAGCCAGCAAGAAGAUGCCCGCCGUCUUUGUUGAGUUCCGCACCCAGGCCGAGGCAGAGUCGGCCUACCAAGUUCUCGCCCAUCACCAAGGUCUGCACAUGUCACCCAGCUACAUCGGCAUCACCCCAAGCGACGUUGUUUGGUCCUCUCUCAGCAUUCCUUGGUGGCAGAAGGUCAUUCGUCGCUACGCAGUGAUCGCCUUCAUUACCGCCAUGAUUAUCUUCUGGGCCAUCCCUGUUGCUGUCGUCGGUGUCAUUAGCAACGUUGACUAUCUGAAGAGCAUCUCGUUCUUGACUUGGCUCAAUGAUGUACCCUCGGUUAUCAUGGGCUUUAUCAGUGGUCUUCUACCCUCGGUCGCUCUGUCCAUCCUUAUGUCAUUGGUUCCUAUCGUCAUCAGACUGCUGGCCAAGUUCUCCGGAGAGCCGUCGUACUCGCGCAUCGAACUCUUCACCCAGAACGCCUACUUCGCCUUCCAGGUCAUCCAGGUCUUCCUCAUCACCACCAUGACCUCUUCUGCGUCCGCCGUCGUGAUGCAGAUCAAGAAUUCCCCCGAUCCGGCCGGCGCAGUUACGAGAGUUCUCGCGGAGAAUUUGCCCAAGUCUUCCAACUUCUACAUUUCUUACUUCAUCGUCCAGGGUCUCACCAUUGCCUCCGGUGUCAUUUCACAAGUUGUCGGAUUCAUCAUCUUCAAUCUGAUGUACAAAUACCUCGCAGGCACGCCCCGUGCCUUGUACCAGAAGUGGGCCAACCUCAGUGCUAUCUCCUGGGGCAGCACUCUCCCAGUCUACACAAACAUCGCUGUUAUUUCAAUUACCUACGCUGGUAUUGCUCCUCUGAUGAUGGGUUGGGCCUGCGUCGGCAUGUCCCUCUUCUACUUCGCUUGGCGCUACAACGUUCUGUUUGUCACCGACACCAGCAUCGACACGCGCGGUCUGAUCUACCCGCGCGCUGUCAAGCAGCUGUUCACCGGUGUCUAUCUCGCCGAGCUUUGCAUGAUUGGCCUGUUUGGUUCAUCCGAGGCGUUCGGGCCUAUGGUUCUCAUGAUCGUGUUCCUCGUCUUCACCGUCCUGUUCCACCUCAGUAUGAACCACGCGCUCAACCCGCUUCUCUACAACCUGCCUCAGAGCUUGCUCGCGGAGGAAGAGGAGAGAAGGGGUGAUCUCGAGGCCACGGGGAGCAACGACAAGGCGGAGGUGUCUAUCGACGGCCGCACCAACGGCUUUGCCAAUGGUGCAGACACCGCCGUCGUCCCCAAGAAGGGCAAUUUUGUCACACGGUUCCUUAUGCCUUGGAACUACGCAGAUUACAACACUCUGCGUCACCUGGUGCCGAGGCAUAGCUCGUUCAACAUCCGGGAGAUGUACACGCCCGCCGUGGUGGAGGCUGCGUACAGGCCCCCUUCUGUCGCCAGCUCCCCGCCGAUGCUGUGGAUUCCCGAGGACCAGGCCGGCGUUUCCAAGCAGGAGAUCGAGCACACGAGCAAGGUCAUCCCGAUCACGGACGAGGGCUGCACCCUGGACGAGAAGAACAAGCUCGUGUGGGACCGCGAGACCACCCGCCCCCCUGUCUGGGAGGAGAAGAUUCUGUACUAG